AUGCGCAAAUUGGGCUCGCCUCGUGAAGAUGCUUAUUGGGUCAAUUUCCUGACAAACCUCAGCGGUGAGCGCAUCGGGGUUUUGCCUUAUGAGAGAAUGGACGUCGAUGUGUUGGACGACACUCCAGAAAUGAUUCACAACAUCCCUCAGCCCGUUUUUGAGGAGUUUGUUGCACGAAAUCUCUUUCAUGACUCUAAUAAUGAAAUUCGGAAGGGCGUCUCAUAUAUCUCAAGCAAAGAGGUAGGCUUCUCCAGCCGUAUUAGUCGUCCUGAUUAG